UAUGGGAUUCAGAUCCCCUCAAAUUUUAAAAAAUUGGAGUUUUUCAAAUUUCGAAAUCCUGGCCGUUGGUUGCUUCCAAAGACCAGAUUUGGCAGAUUAAACAGCUUUUAUAAAACAUAAAAAAAAUAAAAAUAAAAAAUAAAAAAUUAUUCAAAACGAUAACAUCGUUUCUCUCCGCCCACCGAACGACGCAUCUUCUUCUCUCUUCUGCUACACUUUGUGUCCUAUGAGCCUUGCAACCAUUUAGUGGAAGCUUUGAUAACCAUAAAAAUAGCUCUGAGUGAUCCACAUGGAGUGUCGAACAACUGGGAUGAAGACAAUGUGGACCCUUGUAGCUGGGCCAUCAUCACCUGCUCAUCUGAAAACCUUGUCGUUGGCCUCUGAGGGAGCUCCAAGCCAAUCUCUUUCUGCCUCUCUAUCUGAGGCCGUUGGAAAUCUCACAAAUCUUCGACAAGUAUUGCUGCAAAACAACAAUAUCUCUGGCAAAAUUCCACCGGAACUCGACACGCUUCCAAGACUUCAGACGUUGGAUCUCUCUAACAACCGAUUAUCUGGUGUCAUUCCGGGGUCUCUGGACCAGUUGGAUAGUCUCCAAUACCUGGGUCGUCAGUUGGACGUAUCAAUGCAAUGCAACUAGCAUGCAGCUAGGGCCGGUUCAACCAUAAGGCGAGUUAGGCGGUUGCCUAAAGCUCCCAAGUGGAAUAAGGCUCCAAAGACAGGUUUGUUUGGAAAAAAAAUAAAAAAUAAAAAAAGCCUAAUCAUAAUCUGAGAAGUUUUUUUUUCUAGUGGAAUAAGGCCCCAAAGACAAGUUUGUUUGAAAAAGGCAAAAGAAAAAAAGCUUAAUCAUAAUCUGAAACGGUUUUUUUUUCCAAUAGAAUAAGGGUCCAAAGAUAAGUUUGUUUGAAAAAAGAAAAAGAAAAAAAGCCUAAUCAAAAGCUGAAAUGAUUUUUUCUCAAUGGAAUAAGGCCCCCAAAGAUAGGUUUGUUUGAAAAAAAAAAAAAAAAACUAAUCAUAAUCCGGAAUGGUUUUGAAAAAAUGAGCAUGAUCUCUUCUUUGGAGACUCUUUAACUUCAAUAGAAAAAUAAAUAAUUAGAGGUCUAAGAACACAACAAUUAAUACCAACAAAAAAAGUACAUUUUCUCUCUUAUUAUGAGAUUCAACUAAAAGGGUGUGCACUACAAGGAAGCCAAUGAAGAGACUGGGGCCCAUGAAAAAAGACUAGUUGAAAUACAAGUCAUAACUCUACAAAAACAACCAUCACUGAGAGUGGAGCCCACGGAAAAAAGGUUUCGUUUAAAAUUCUCACCUUAGACCUCAAAAUAUAUCAAGCCGGCCCUCCAUGCAGUGAACUGAAGAUGAGUUGCCAUGAAAAGACCGAAGAUGGUUUACUUCUCUUGUAUAUUUUGUACUUGUAUUCUAAUGAUGUGUUCAUCUUGAUCGCUUCCAAUAUAUGUUUUCUGUGAGAUGGUCGACAUAUUUUAUGCACUACUGCUGCUUAUUAUUCUCGUGCAUACAAUCAAAAACAGGUUCUCUAUUCAUUUUAUUUGAAAUUGAGAUGAUCUUGUU